AGCAGGAUCACAGUUCAGGAGCAGUAGACGCUGGGCUUCCACAAUGGGUCAAGUUCUAUUUGCGCUUGUUAUCCUUCUGGCCUGCUCUCACGGCCAGUGUGGCUUUCCUCCGACUUUUAAAGGAAGCCUGUUCAGUCCUCCUGUGACUAAUACUGCCUCAGUAGGUAGCAUUGUACCGGUUGCGCCUCUCAACCCAGCUCCUGCACCCGCUCCAACACCUGCUCUCGUGAACCCUUUCCUGUCAGUUGGACUUGCAUCUGCACCCGCACCUGCACCUGCACCGUCAUCAAAUCCCCUGUCGGGAGUACCUUCUGUUACAGGUACGGCUCCAGCACCGGCUCCAUCAGGAAAUGCACCACCAGGAGGAUUUUUAAAUCCCACCAAAAACACCAAGUCGCCAUAUGGCCAAAUUAGUAUGAAUCACGUCAUGAACAUGGACUUUGGAAUUAAUAUGGACGUGUCGUUCAUCAAACGGGUUGAAAACAAGGAUGACAAGUAUUGUCAAACACAUUGUCUGAACGACUUGCAGAACUGUGCAGUAGCCGUCCAUUGUGACUGGACACCUCCUGCCGCAACUACCGCAGCUCCAUGUGUUGGCAAUAUAUUUCAGUGUGGGACUUUCAGUAUCAAUCGUGGAGGUACUGCUGAUAAGGGAGUAUGUUUGUUCUUCGAACAGAAAACAGGUUUAGAAGACACCGAUCCAGGGAUAACAUCAGAAUCAAAUUGCAGAGAAGUGGUUUACCAUCCGACUUGCAGAGACUGGACUGCUGGCGUCCCUGAUCACUGGGUUCCAACCGGCAGACCAACCUUUCAGACAGGGGCAGCAGUGUCCCAUAGCUUCUUGUGUGAGGAAGGCUACCAAAAGACCGGGGUUCUGAAAGUGACCUGCGAUCACACGGGGAAGAAGACCCCACAAUCGGGGGCAAGUUGUACACUCCCUGGAGAAUCCACAAACACAGGAGGAGGACUACCAUCCAUUGAUAUUCCGAUAUUGCUGCAAGCUAACACAUUUCCUGCACCUGCUCCAGUUGUGACAACAAGAAAACCUGAUAUUACUAGCCCAACUACAUCGAGCACCACGUCCCCUACUACGAGUUUCACUACAUCGAGCACCACGUCCCCUACUACGAGUUUCACUACAUCGAGCACAACCACAACAUCCCCUACUACGAGCCCUACUACAUCGAGCACAACCACAACAUCCCCUACUACGAGCCCUACUACAUCGAGCACAACAACGACAUCCCCUACUACGAGCCCUACUACAUCGAGUACAACCACAACAUCCCCUACUACGAGCCCUACUACAUCGAGUACAACCACAACAUCCCCUACUACUAGCCCUACUACAUCGAGCACAACAACAACAUCCCCCACUACGAGCCCUACUACAUCGAGCACAACAACAACAUCCCCUACUACCAGCCCUACUACAUCGAGUACAACAACGUCGCCUACAACGAGUUCCACUACUACAUCGAGUACAACAACAACAUCCCCUACUACGAGCCCUACUACAUCGAGCCCGUGUGCUUCUUUCUCCCGUCGGGGGCACGGAGUGUUGCAGAAGGUCUGCCAUGACUCUUUUUUUAGAAUCGUGUAUGAGCUGUCUUACUUUUGUCCUGGCUGCUCGGACUUUUGCUGCAAAGAAUUCAAACAGAAAAAUGCUUAUGUCUAA